UCAUUAAAAUUUUGUGGAUUCCAAAUUAUUUGGAUUUUCUUAAAAUGCAUGAAUUGGAAAUGUGAACUUUUAAGUGUUCGAAUGAAGAGCUAAAAUGAAUAAUGAUGAUUAAGUUUGAUAAAAAUAUACCGCAAAGUACUCGUGGAUUAAUAGAGAUAAUAUUACAAAAUCAAAAAUUCGAACAUUAUGUAACCAAAGCCGAAUCAUCAGCACUUGGGGUGCGUGGAGAAAUGAAAGCUAAUAUUAAAUCAAAAGAAGAUGUUAAAGCAUGGUUGGACACAUUCGAAACAUCAACAAAUACAACGUAUCGUGUAAAUUAUACGAAACCUUCUGUAGGUGUAUGGAUUUUAUAUAAAUUAGGUGUAAAAUGUCACCAUAACACUGGUGGUAAAAAAUUAAAGAGCGAUAAAAAUCGUUCAUGUAAAAAUACCAAAUGUCCAUCACGAAUAACAUUCACUGUAAACGCAAUACCAAAAAAAAUAUUCAAACGAAAUUGUUCCGUUGAUCCGGAAUUACCAACGGUUAUCGAUUUUUAUUACGAACAUAAUCAUCCAAUAAACAGCGCAGAGGUUUUACGUUUCCGUCCGGUUGAUUCAUCGGUUGAAGAUAAAAUAAUGGCAUUAUAUCAAAAAGGUCAUUCACCCGCAUCAGCGUUACAAGUAUUAAAAAUCGACAUAGAAAAUGAACAUCCAAACGAUUUUGAAACGUAUUUAAGCGAUCGAAAAUAUUGUCCCGAUCUACCAUAUUGUCAUCGUUUGUUUUAUAAAAAAUUUAAAAAUAAAUUCGAUUCUGUUAAUUUUCUAGAAUCUCGUGAAUUUAUUUUAGAUCGAGUACGCGAAUAUAAUGAAUUAUGUAGCAUGACGUGCGUUAAAUGUACGGAACCAACGGACGAUUUUAUUUUAGCGAUUUGUACUCCGUUAAUGUUUCGUAUACAUCAAAAUGUACCUCAAGCAGCGGAUAUUAUGUUUGUUGAUGCUACUGGUUAUGUCAAAGAAAAGGAUAAGUUAAAUAAAAAAGAAAUAGGGCAUAGAAUGUUUUUGUUAUCGACAUAUAAUUCAACGGGAUGUUUACCUUUAGGUGUAAUUAUUACGUUAUCAGAUUCCCCGGAUAUUAUUUAUAAAGGUUUAGAAUUAUAUAAAUCGUUACUUCCAUUUGGAGGGAACUAUUUUUAUGGACGUGGUGAAAUGGGACCAUCUGUUAUAUUAACAGAUGAUUCAAUUUCAGAACGUGUAGCUUUAAAUAUGUCCUUCGGAUUGUCUAGAAUUUUAUUAUGUACGUUUUAUGUAUUACAAUCCAUGUGGCGAUGGUUAAUGAAAAGUAAAACUUGUAUUAAGAAAGAAGAUCGACUCGAUUUAUUUGAGACAUUUAAAUCGGUUGUUUAUGCGAGCACUGAAGAAAAAUGUCAAGAAUAUUACGAGAAAAUAAAAUGUUUGGCUAAAGAUUAUACUUUGUAUUUGAAUCACCUAUCAAGUUUAUGGGAACGACGUUCCGAAUGGGCUUUAUGUUAUCGAACUUCAACGACAAUGGUUGUUCGGGAAAAUAGUAUUAACCAAAAUGUACAGAAUGUUGUGAAAGUAUUAAAAGAUGAAAUUUUUGAACGAAUCAAAUCAUUUAAUCUAGCACAAUUAGUUGAUUUUAUAUUUACGAGAUUCGAAUCUUAUUACUGUCGAAAAUUAUUAGAUGUGACGUAUGAAAAAGUUGUACAGAAAAAAUCGAAUGAUAAAAAACCAUUUUGGAAAAGUCCUAGUGACUCAAUACUCAAGUCGAUUAAAGAAUUAGACAACAGUGGAGUUUAUAAUGUACCUAGUGAAUCCGAUCCGAGUAUAAUGCAUACAGUUGAUGUACAAUUAGUUUGUUGUACUUGUCGUGUUGGUAGGAAAGGAAUUAUGUGCAAACAUCAAUAUUGGGUUUCACUUUGUAUUGAUCAAACGCGAGAGCAAAAAAGUUUGGAAUUUCGUAAACGGAGCUAUUAUUUAGCAACGGGGGAAGAAGCUAAUACUAUGUCUCUGAUACCUAAUUCAGGAUCAACUUCUCAACAAAUUAUCAAUGAUGAAAAUACUAUGACACCAUCGGUAACUGAAAUAGAUUCUCAAGCUGAACUGUGGAAUGAUGGAUUCAAAAUAAUUCAAGAAAAACUUAAAUUUAAUAAUAAUGAUGUUGAUUAUUUAUUAAGAAAUUUUAUUGACAAUUUAAAAAAAUUACCGAAUAACACUGAAGAUAUUCUUCAAUUAUUUCAUAAUUUUGGUAAAACUAUUGGAAAACAAGUUGAAAGUGAAAAUUUGGCGAAAAUUGAACGAGGAAGGACUGACGAAAUAAAUGAAUUCGAUAGCAAUGAAAAACGAAAACGACAAAAAUUAGAUAUAAAUAGUGAGAUAAAUUAUGUAAAAGAAAAUACUGAAAUCUUAAAUUUAGAAAAUUUUUCUAAUGUAAAAAAUAUGCGAACUAAUUCGAAUUGUAUAAAUAUUAUUAGUAAUGAUCCAGUGAAUGUCACAACAGCGUUUCAAAAUUAUUACGAUUCUAAUUCAAUUGAAAAUGAUUCGAAAACAAUUUAUAAUAUAUCUACGGAACCAUAA